AAAGAAUAUUACCUUAUCGGGUAUUAUUAUUUAUUUUUUGGUUAUGUAAUUAAACUCGGUUGGAAAUUAAAAUGUUUAUUGAUAGCUCAUUACACCGACCUUGGCCAGGAAAUCGGGAUUUCGAAUUUUCGUUUCAAGUUUCAACCGUGUACUGUACCGAAAAUGAACAUACAAACUACGAAUUUGUGGAAUUAUUAAAACAAAGUGAUAUAACAACGUAGUCGGUUGGAAAUAAAUUUGGUUGCAAUGAUUAUUCAGGCGUUUGCCAGGGGAAUUGGAACACAAUUAAAGUUGCCUGUCAAUCAUGUUUACUACAAAACCCUAUCAACUAAAAGCAGGAAUACAUUUUUAUGUGUUAACCAAUCGUUAUUAUCCAAUACAAAACUUGCACGAUGUUGCUCAGUGGAAAGUAGCAAGGUAUUCAUUACCGAACAGACCAAACCUAUGAACCAACCAAAAAAUAUAGUCAUCAGCACAAUUAAACCAUACCUAGAACUUAUGCGAUUCUCUAGACCCACUGGAUGGUUGCUUUUAUACUGGCCGUGCACAUGGAGCAUUGCUUUAGCUUCUACUGCUGGCGAAUUUCCGAACUUUGAAAUGCUUGGCUUGUUUGGUUUGGGAGCAGUCAUGAUGCGAGGGGCUGGUUGUACAAUAAAUGAUAUGUGGGACAAAGAUAUUGAUAAAAAAGUUGAAAGAACAAAAACUCGACCUCUUGUCAUCAAAUCGUUAAGCAUGUUUGAUGCAUGGGUGUUCCUAGCUGGUCAGUUGGGUCUCAGCCUUAUCGUAUUGUUGCAGUUAAAUUUGUAUACUAUUGUGGUUGGAGCUAGUUCAUUAGUAUUAGUUACAUUAUAUCCACUUAUGAAACGUAUAACAUAUUGGCCACAAUUUGUAUUGGGUCUAACUUUUAACUGGGGUGCUCUAUUAGGAUGGUCUGCUAUCCACUCUUCAAUUGACUUCACUGCCUGUCUUCCUUUGUAUGCUGCUGGUGUUGCAUGGACACUUUUCUAUGAUACCAUCUAUGGUCUUCAAGACAGAAAAGAUGACACCAAGCAUGAUGUUUACUCCACUGCAGUUUUAUUUGGUUCAAAAUCAAAAUUUUGGUUGACAUCUUUUGCCACCAUGUCAUUAAGUAGUCUAAUUACUUGUGGUGUUAAUACUGGACAAAUAUGGCCAUAUUAUUUAGCAGUUGGUGCUGCAGGCGCCCAUAUGUUUAAUCAAGUACGCACAUUGGAUAUAUAUAAUCCUAAAGAUUGUAGUAAUAAAUUUGUAUCCAAUAACCAUGUUGGUUGGAUUUUGUUUUUGGGAAUAGCAUUAAGCACAUUAUUAAAAAUGCCUGAUGAAAGUGAAAAUGAAAAUAUAAAUUUGAUACCUAUCCAAUAAAGUGUAAGGUUCUACAAUUUGUUGUUACCAAAGUAUGACAAAAAUGUAUUGUUGUUAUUUUUUAAGUUAUUUGGUUACAUAGGGGAAACUAUACUUGUUUUUACUCUUUAAUUUUAUGUUGUAAAAUAUUGUUAAUAUUUUGUGUAUUUCAUUUAAGUUCCUAAAAAAAUCAAAGGAAAAUAAAGAAACUAGUCACAAUUAAAAAAUAUUA